AUGGGAUUUGGUGGCUUUUAUAGCCACCACGGAGUUCUGUUUGGACCGGUCCUGAGAGGGAAACCUCGGCGAGUCACCAAAGCUAGGCUGGUGACUCACCGUAGGGAUGGUUGUUGGUUGCCAUCUGGCGUUCUGGAGUGUUCCUUGAGGCGGCGACAGCAGCUGGUUGGACCAUCUGGCUUGGGAAGUGUCAGCAGAGGCGGCUGUUGGGAGUUCUUGGAGGCGGCGACAGCAGUGCUAGGCCUCACGCUAAUCUCCGCCACCCGUCGCCUCCUUGCAACCGCCAUACUCGACGAUCCCUCCAAUGAAUACUUCGCCGUCGUCUCGCAGUACUGCAUCCCUCACCAUUCCUUUAAUUACAUCUACCGCUCCCACUUCACCUCCAAAAACUUCGAUCGGACCUCCAAAUAUGAUAACGACUCGUCCGGGUUCACUCAGUAUGGUGUCCUCAAGCACAAGUCUUACAUCGAGAUCCUUUCCGAGGAACCCAGACUGUGGAAACGGUACGCGGCGCGUGGGCGGUUCGUGAUGAUGCCGGAGGUGCCUUUCGAGGAGUUCCGAGCUGGAUCUCAGUUCUUCGUGUUGACUCGGAAAGACUCGUUGUUGGUGCUAAAAGAUAGGACGCUUUGGAGUAAAUUUAAGCUGCCGUGUUUCCGAGCCGAUGAGCGUUACCCGGAGGAGCAUUAUUUCCCGACCUUGUUAUCAAUGCAAGAUCCAAAUGGGGUGACCGGCUAUACUUUGGCUCGAGUGAAUUGGAACGGAACUGUAGAAGGGCACCCGCAUAUGUAUAAGCCGAAAGAAGUAACCCCCGAGUUGAUUCAUGAGUUGAGGAAGUCUAAUUAUUCGGGUUCUUACUUGUUUGCUCGGAAGUUUUCGGCUGAUUGUUUAAGACCCUUGAUGCGUAUUGCUGAUUCCCUCAUUUUCAGAGAUUGAGAUUCUUCCUGGUGAAGACCUUUUUUUCCUGCUCUUUUUGGAGGAUGUGUGUAGCUUGGAGCACAAGUUGCAGAGGGGAAUAUGGAUUUGAAAAGGCAUAAAAGUGGCCACAUCCAAAGUUAUAACCCCAAAAUUUCCAGCAUUGUUAGAAUGGACAAAAAGAGCAGCAAAGGGCUAAUGCUUUUGAUAAAGUUGUAAUUUGAUGGUGCAAGAGUAGUAGGCAUCACCAUAACUAGAUUUUUCCCAUUUCCAUGUGUGAUUUGUACAUAUUAUGGAAUCAAAUUCUG